GUUGUCAUCCCAUCAUGUUUUUUAUCAUCCGAAUUUGACAUUGAUUCCCCAAACCUCUCGAAUUUAAGUGGUCCAUCAAAAUAUAUAAAAAGCCACAUUCAACUACUUUGAGGUACAAACGUUUUAGACAGCAGUAAGAAACAUCACAUAAAGGAUGAAAGUUAUAUUACUUCUCGCCAUGGUGGCGUUUGCAGCAGCAACGCCUGCCAUUAAGGAACAAUGGAGCUCUUUUAAGAGACAACAUGGCAAAUCAUACCACACCAUUCAAGAAGAACGUCUUAGGAUGCAUAUUUUCACACACCAUAUGAAUAUGAUCGAAGAACAUAACGCUAAAUUCGAAGCUGGUCUGGUAACUUACUCUAUGAGGAUGAACCAUUUAGGAGAUAUGCUUCCAGAAGAAGUGACUCAACUAGGAUUCAACAGAACAGGAGAGAUGAAGCAAGCACCUACCUUCACAUUUCUCCCUCCAGCAAAUGUCGAACUUCCAGAAUCCAUUGACUGGAGGCAGUCUGGUGCAGUCACUCCAGUGAAAAACCAAGGUAGCUGUGGAUCUUGUUGGGCUUUCAGCAGUACUGGAGCAAUAGAAGGCCAGCUUUUCAGGAAGUCUGGAAAACUCGUAUCUCUCAGUGAACAGCAGCUUGUGGAUUGUUCAAAAAGUUACAAAAAUAAUGGAUGUGGAGGCGGAUUAAUGGACCGCUCAUUCAAUUACCUAAAGGAUGCUGAAGGAUUGGAAAGCGAAAGUUCAUAUCCUUAUGAAGGAGUUGAUAGCAGAUGUAGGUACAACAAGGAUAAGGUAGUGCCAGGAACCAAAGUCAAAGCUUACACUGACAUCCAGUCAUUGGAUGACGAUGCUCUGAAGGCAGCCGUAGCUACAGUUGGACCAGUCUCCAUUGCUGUCAGUGCUGGAAACAUGGGUUUCAUGUUUUAUGAAGGAGGUGUUUUUGAUGGCGAAUCAUGCUCUGGCGGUUUAGACCACGGAAUCCUCCUGGUAGGCUACGGAUCUGAAAACGGCGAAGAUUACUGGCUCGUCAAGAACUCCUGGGGCCCAAGGUGGGGAGAGAAUGGUUUCAUGAAGUUGACUAGGGCCAAGAAAAAUAGACAAAAUCGUAAAUCAUACAAAACCAUUGAAGAAGAACGUCUUAGGAUGAACAUUUUUACGCAUCGUAUGAAUAUGAUCGAAGAACAUAAUGCCAAAUUCGAAGCUGGUCUGGUUACUUACUCUAUGAGGAUGAAUUAUUUAGGAGAUAUGCUGCCAGAAGAAGUGACCCAGUUGGGAUUCAACAGGACAGGUGAGAUGAGGCAAGUUCCCAGCUUCACUUUCCUCCCUCCAGCAAACGUGGAAAUCCCAGAAUCCAUUGACUGGAGGCAGUCUGGUGCAGUCACUCCAGUGAAAAACCAAGGUACCUGCGGAUCUUGUUGGGCUUUCAGCAGUACUGGAGCCCUAGAAGGCCAGCUUUUCAGGAAGACUGGAAAACUUGUUUCUCUCAGUGAACAGCAGCUUAUGGAUUGUUCAAGGAGUUACAAAAAUAAUGGAUGUGGAGGAGGAUUAAUGGACUAUUCCUUCAGAUAUCUGGAAGAUGUAGAGGGAUUGGAAAGCGAAGAUUCAUAUCCUUAUGAAGGAAAAGAUAACAGAUGUAGGUACAACAAGGAUAAGGUAGUGCCAGGAACCAAAGUCAAAGCAUACACUGACAUCCAGUCCUUGGAUGACGAAGCUCUCAAGGCAGCCGUAGCUACAGUUGGACCCAUUUCAGUCUCAGUCAAUGGAGGAAACGUGGAUUUUCUGUUCUAUGAUGAAGGUAUUUUUGAUGCUGAAGGCUGCUUAGACCAUGUGGAUCAUGGAAUCCUUCUAGUAGGAUAUGGAUCAGAAAAUGGUGAAGACUACUGGCUCGUCAAGAAUUCCUGGGGCUCAGAUUGGGGAGAAGAGGGGUAUAUGAAGUUGACAAGAGCCAAGAAGAACGCCUGUGGUAUCUCUACUGCUGCUAGCUAUCCCAUUCUUUUAUGAGGAGCAGAAAUCAAUAAUUAGAUCAUUUGAAUAAAUUCCUUUCUGCAGUAAUUUAUUUAUUUUUAUUUUUCCUAACCUGAAUUUUUAAUAAACUGAAUAAAAAAUAGUUUUUAUUUAAUUAGUA